CGACCACAAUAACUCUACUCUUCCAUAAGCGUGACAGCCACACAAACAUCGUAUCUUCAAAGUUCCAAGCUAGUGGUAUCCUAACCUAACCUAUCCUAUCUACCUAUCCAAUGUAAAUACAACUAUUCCCGCAUUAUUAUAUUAAAUACCGGUUGAGUUUAACAUAGUGAAUAGACUGUUUAUGAAGAAUUCAUCGGAAGCCGUACAUAUGAAAUAUAAACAAACACUUGUGUAAUGGUAGAAAAUCGGUGCAGUAAUAAUAGAGGUUCCAAGAUGUCUGGUGCUUCGAGUUUGGUGCUUAGGGCGUCCAUUGUCCUGGGGAUGGUAGCAGCAGUGGUUACCGUGCUAUAUUUUACUCCUAUUCCAGAUCCAAACUUCAAAAGCUGUGAUAGACCCUGCCAUGAUCUAGACUGGCCUAUGAUAUGUAGGGUUAAAUUAACGAUAGAAAUGUACCAAACAGUGAACCAAGACUGCCAAGACUGCCCAGAAAACUCCACAGACUGCAGCAGCUCGUACUGUACCAGCGCAGAAGGUUCCUUGAGGGGCAUCAUCAUAGCCAACCGCCAACUACCAGGACCCGCCAUACAAGUAUGCCAAAACGACAUCCUGGUGGUGGACGUAACCAACAAGAUACCAGGACAUUCGCUGACGAUGCACUGGAGAGGCCAGCCCAACCAUGAGGCACCUUUCAUGGAUGGCGUUCCCAUGGUCACACAAUGCCCUAUUCUCAGCUACACGACGUUUCAGUAUAAAUUCAGGGCGUCGUCUCCAGGAACCCACUUCUACCACGCUUAUUCCGACUCGGACAGGACGGAUGGUUUAUUUGGUGCUCUGAUUGUUAGGCAAGCAGACAAACUUGAGCCGCACAGGAAGCUCUACGACGUCGAUUCCAAGGACCACAUAAUUUUGCUUUCAGAGUGGUCGGGUGAUCGUUCUUCUCUGUUCGAAGACGAGGAUGAGCUUCCAAAGGCGAUCCUGGUAAACGGCAAAGCUCCCUCUGUAUCCGGACCAACUCCAACUCUUUUCAAUGUUGAAAAGGAAAGGAGGUACAGGUUCAGAGUUGCUUAUACGGGAGGGUCCGUAGGUUGUCCCAUAACCGUUUCCAUCGACAAACACUUACUGAAAAUUAUCGCAGUUGAUGGAACUCCGAUCAAUCCUUACGAGGUUAGUUCUGCAGAACUGUCUAAGGGUGAGAGAUUCGAUUUCGUUCUAAAGACAACCAGGGAAGAUGGCGCUUAUUUCCUAAGAGCAAGCUCGAGUUGUAACAGUAGAGAAAUCCAUGGACUCGCUGUUAUAAGUUAUGGAGGUUCUGGCGUUGAAGCGACGGAGAGGAAGAAGGACGAAAAAUUAAGGCACUUUGAAACAAGCCUUUGUAAGAGCGAAAUUGGGAAGGUUUGUUUGGGCGACGUACGACCCUUAAAUAAGAUUCUGCCGGAACUUAGGGAUCCUCAAGUAGACAGGCAGAUUUAUCUUGGAUUCGACUCUGCAUUGGGAACUAUGGAUAUAGAUACAGGAUUCAAAGAGACGCCCUCUAAAAUAUACAGGAUAAACAACUUCACAUUUACAUAUCCUCCCUCGCCUAUUUUGACUCAACCGGAUGAUGUCGCAUCGAACUUAAUGUGCAACGAAUUAAAUGUGCCGCAGAAGUGCGCCGGCCAGGCCGUCUGCGAAUGCGUCCACAUGGAACACAUCGCCCUCGGGAGCACCACGGAAAUUAUUUUAAUCGACCAAGGUGGAGAUCAAGACGAACACAUCUUCCAUCUACACGGAUAUCAUUUCUACAUAGUUGGAUCAAAUACAUUUGACAAAGCUUUAACCAGACAUGAGGCAGAGAAGUUAGAUGCUGACAAUAGGCUUAUGAAGAGGAACCUAGUCAACCCUCUAUUGAAAGACACUAUCAGAGUGCCGAAAUUUGGGGUGGUGGCAUUAAGAUUUUUUGCUAAAAAUCCAGGUUUUUGGAUGUUAAGGGAUGAACAAUCGAGAGGUUGGACGAGGGGGAUGGACGUUAUUUUUCAGGUAGGGGAUUUGGGAGAUGUAGUUACCAUACCUACAAAUUUUCCAACGUGUGGAAGUUUCAUAGGACCCGACUUUUUCUUAUUAUAAUUAGUUGGAACUGGAUUCCAGAAUUUGUUGUGAUAUUUAUACGUAAAUUAUUCUAUGUGA